AUGCCAAACAAUUACUGGCAUUUCAUGGUGGAGCUGUAUAAUUACUCAUUUGAAACUUGUGAAAUACCAGAUAAAUUCAAAGAAAUUCACAUGGUAUUAUUAGCGAAGAAAGGUGCUAUAUGUAAACCAGAUCAAACAAGACCGAUAUCGUUAAUUGAUAAUUUUAUGAAAGUACAAGAACGAUUAUUUUUGAAUCGUUUUCUGGUAAUAUUAGAAAACAAGGGCAUCCUGCCUAAUUCUCAAUCAGGAUUUAUAACUGGACGACAAUUACAGACUCAUGUACUACUCCGUAUAGAACAGAUUUCAUCCUAUAUGGCUAACAGUUCACCAGUAGCAACUGUUUUUGUGGAUUAUAAAUCUGCUUUUGAUCAAUUAUGGUUUAUGGGAUGUAUCGGUAAACUAAGAAAGGGAGGUAUACCUGACCCGUGUUGA